ACAGGAAGGUGGAUUGCUCGCUGUUGGUCAAUAGUCCGUGGAGGAAGGGGUUUGUCUACAAAUUCCACCGUUGACUGGACUGUUUAUGUCUCGGGGUUACAGCACUGAGCUAGCUGAAGAGAUGCCUAUGCGAUUCCUGUUUUGAGUCACUCUCCUAGCUAUAUCUCAAGUAGAAGGGGACCACAUAGCUUGAGAAGCAGAUGAAUUGGUAACGUUACUGCAAGUAAGCUCAUCUUGUCCUGUCCGUCCGUGUAAUGGUGGCGAUUGUGGCGUUGAUGAUAAAUGUGUGAGGAGAAAGCUGUGGUCCUCUUGCUGCACCACACACUUCCUCAUGGAUUCCAGCAAUGACGAAGCACUUGAUAUCAUUAUCACCAAUGUGGUGGCAACCUUCAGGACCAGGUGCCACCUCAACCUGCGCACCAUUGCCUUAGAGGGAACCAAUGUCAUCUAUAAGCCGGAAGUAGGGAAAGUCCUGAUGAAGCUUCGUAAACCCAAGAUAACAGCCUCAAUCUGGUCCUCAGGGAAAAUCAUCUGCACUGGAGCAACAAGUGAGGAUGACGCAAAGCUGGGUGCUCGCAGGUUAGCACGCCUUCUGCAGAAACUGGGCUUCAAGGUGAGAUUUUCAGCCUUCAAAGUUGUGAAUGUCCUGGCAGUUUGCUCCAUGCCGUUUGCAAUCCACCUCAUAGACUUUACUAAGAACAACCGACCCAUUGCCAGUUAUGAACCAGAGCUCCAUCCUGCUGCCACGUACAGGAUCAAACAUAUCAAGGCUACUAUACAGGUGUUCUCUACUGGCAGCAUCACAGUUACAGGACCAAAUGUACAGAAUGUGGCCACAGCUGUUGAGCAGGUCUACCCACUACUGUUCGAGUGUCAGAAACCCCGCUACAAAUAGAAGAAAAAAGUCCAAGAUGGUGGGAAUGGCGGAAAGAGAUGGCACAUCUGAUUCGUUUGUUACAAGUGAGGAAGCAACUUCUCGUUGGAUUUACUUGCUUGAUUUUAUCGCUGUGCGGCAAACAGCCACAAACUUCUAACACAAUGAACGGACUGGAUAUCAACAACCCUAGUUGGAGUCUUAAAGUGUCCCUCUCACAAAAUGUUAUUGAUGUUGUGGAUUGUGUGGCUCUUGUGAUUUUAACAGCCUAAACUCGCAAGUACGUCUUUCAAACAUCAAAUCCUUCAGCGGAAACUGCUCCUUUUAAACUUGACUGACACUGAAAGGGUUGGAAGUUAUCUGCUCUUAAUUAGCUCUGGGUGUUUUUGCAUGCACACAGAAGACCAGUUUUCAACUAUCUAACCAUUUUAACGCUUACCGUUGUGACCAUUGCGAAGAGUCAGUAUGUUAAGGUGCUCAUAUUAUGCUCAUUUUCAGGUUCAUAAUUGUAUUUAGAGGUUAUAUCAGAAUAGGUUUACAUGGUUUUAAUUAAAAAAAAAAAA